CCAGCUGCCAAGCCUUUUGCUGGGGAACUGACGUCCCGCGUUCCUUCCCUCGUUUGUCGAGUAGGAAAAAAAUUAAUUCGCCCAACCCGCCCGAGUUUAUCGAUAACAGCCGUGUACUCGACCACCACCACCACCACCACCAACAAUCCUCUACACUCUAUACUCUACGCUCUUUGCGCCACCAGGUUUCAAACACCACGAAACACACCUAAUCGCAUUCGCCUUGAAUCAAAUACAAUCUGGGGAAUCAUCACCACCCAAUCAAAUCAUCUCCUGCAAUACAUACCCUGGACUUGGCCACUAGAGAAAAACAACCACACCCCUCUACCGCCAAUUACUACUACCCUCACUACCACAAGUCUUCAAACAUCAUACUCCUCAAACAUGCCCGCCCCGACCGCUCUCCAGCGCGCCCCUGACGCCCUGGCCGCCUCCGCCUCCCUCGACGACGCCAUCAUGGACGAGCCCACCACAUCAGCGCCCCUCCUCGACAUGUCUGCCCUUCCCCCGUCCUCCAACGACACCACCACCCUCCCCACCAACCAAACUUCCUCCGAAACACUCACCAUCGACGAGUCCGGCCGCCCCAAGUUCGCCCCUUCAAAAGACGUCCCUCUGGCCUUCCGCCGCGAGCAGCGCCACGUCCCCGUCCCACCCCACCGCAUCACACCGCUCAAAAACUCGUGGGCCAAAAUCUACCCUCCGCUCGUCGAGCACCUCAAGCUGCAGGUCCGCUACAACACCAAGAAGCAGAGCGUCGAGCUGCGCACGGGGAGCCAAACCGACGACUCGGGCGCCCUGCAAAAGGGCGAGGACUUUGUCAAGGCCUUUUGCUUGGGCUUUGACAUUGACGAUGCCAUUGCUUUGCUGCGACUUGACGACCUCUACAUCGAAACCUUUGAAAUCAAGGACGUCAAAACCCUGCAAGGCGAGCAUCUCGGCCGCGCCAUUGGCCGCAUCGCCGGUAAAGACGGAAAAACAAAAUUCGCAAUCGAAAACGCCUCCCGCACCCGCGUCGUCCUCGCUGACCAGAAAAUUCACAUCCUGGGCGGCUUCAAGAAUAUCCACAUUGCUCGUGAGGCCAUUGUCAGCCUCAUCCUGGGUGCCCAGCCUGGUAAGGUAUACGGCAAUCUGAGGACUGUCGCGGGGAGGAUGAAGGAGAGGUUUUAGUCGAAAUCUUCUCUGUUUUCUUACUUGCAAGAGAGGGAAUUGGGCUGUUGGUCUUCUUCUGCAUUUGAAGCGGCGUUUUUGUUCUUUGGGUUUCUAGGUUCCGAACCCUUUUUUUUCCCUUACGGUUCGUAGGCCCCGUAUUC